AUGAAUCCGUUAACAUUGGUGAAGCGUAUUCAAAACAUCAACAAGAAAGAAGCAACGCUUGGCAUAUCUGAAGAGGCAUCUUGGCAUGCUAAAUAUAAAGACUCCGCCUAUGUUUAUGUUGGAGGGAUCCCCUUUGACCUCACUGAAGGCGAUCUCCUUGCAGUCUUUGCUCAGUACGGAGAGGUUGUUGAUGCUAAUUUAGUUAGAGACAAAGGCACGGGAAAAUCUAAAGGGUUUGCUUUUCUUGCUUAUGAGGAUCAAAGAAGUACAAUUCUAGCCGUAGAUAAUCUCAAUGGAGCUCAAAUUCUGGGUCGAACAAUUAGAGUUGAUCACGUGAGUAACUACAAAAAGAAAGAGGAAGAGGAUGAGGAAACCGAGCGGAAAAAGAGAGAGGAACGGGGUAUUUGUCGAGCUUUUCAAAGGGGACAAUGUAAUCGUGGAGAUGGCUGCAAAUUCUCUCAUGACGAGCAAAGAGCCGCAAAUACAGGUUGGGGAGCUGAAGAGGAUAGACAAUCAAGAUGGGUUCAAGACAAAUUCGAGGGUUCAGCAAGGGGUGGAAGACUAUCUGAUCUGUCUAGUCGGGUUCCAGAAUCUGCCACUCAGAGAGGGCACAGAUAUACCGACCAAGAUUCACGUAAUUCCCCGGGAAAGUUCGGUGACACGGACAGGAAAAGAUCCUGUGAAAGGAUUGAAUCAGGUGCAAAAGAUUUGGACAGAAGAGGUGUAGAUAAACACGGAGAGAAUAUAACGAAGCAUUGGGACAAGACAGACAGUGAUGAAAGGUCAAGGAGAAAUGAUGAUGAAACAAAGUCGAGAAGAGAUUAUGAUCGGAGAGAUGAAAUGAGAUCGAGACGAUACGAGUCUGAGUCCUAUCAUAAAGAAGACCGAUAUGGCAGGAGAGGGGACGGUAGGUCAACUCGCGAUGAUUCGCACCACCAUCAGAGGACAGAUGAAGAAGGGCAGUAUCAAUCACGUCGACGAUAA